CGCUCUACCCGGGCAGCCAGUGUACCGCCGGUCGCGUACCUGUUCGGAUUGUUUCUGUUUCUGUUGCGGUUCGCGCGCUCGUGGAAGUUAGCCCGGAUCUUCCGCGAGUGGACCGACAGUGCCUCGCGAGAUAUAUCGAGAUAUCCGUUCUUUCAUUCAAUCUUUCUCCAUCUUUUCUCUCUCUCUCUCUCUCUCUCUCUCUCUCUGUCUCUUUCGUACCCGGAGUAAUGAUUGGUCCGCGCCGAUGUUGAGGACCGGCGCGACGAUACGAAGCGCGACGAGAUCAUGUUAUGGAGAUCGGCGAGUUGACGUCCUCGUGUCUCGUCGCCGCGCUGUCUCCCCGCACGACGGUGGGAGGGUCGUCAACCGCGUCGCCGAGUGAUCCACCUGCUCGCGCCAACCGCCGCCACCGUCGCCGCCGCCGCCGCUGAUGCAGCCGCGUGCGAGCCGCUGCCUCUCGCUCCCGGGACCGCCGCCACCACCGCCGCCGUCGCCGCCUCCUCCGCCACCGCUGCCACCGUCGGCGACGAUCGUCGACGCGAUCCUCUCGCGCGAACCAAGCGGGAGAUCCGCGACAGGAUAGGCGCGCCUGUAGUACCUCUUCCGCCAACCCUUUGUCCCGUAGUAAAUCGCCAUACGGCGAGAAGUCGCCCGCAGGUCUCAUCGCAAGUUCCUCUUAUCGCCGCCUCCUUCGUUAACAGUUCCCCGCUCUCUCUAUCUCUCGAAAGAGAGUUCGUGCCUCCGCCGAGAUCUCGAGGGGAAGUAGUCGAGCGAGACGCAGCGGCGGCGGAUCGAUAGAGGAAACGCACGAUGAGAGAUACACGAUGAUGACGGCGAACGCGCCGGCGGUCAUGGUGUGACCUCGCGGGUCAUACCGGAUAUAAAGAGAGAACAGAAGGAAGCUGGAAGGGGGCGCGGGAGACAACUCGCUGCUGCCCGUGGGCUUACGACAAUUUAGGCGGCGGCAGGAGGAUCACAGGUCAUGGCAACGCCGCCGGACUCACCGGGACCGGAAGAGGCGUUCUUCGAGUUCGAGAGCACGAGGGCGAGGCAGCAGACCACCAGGCCGGUGCCCAUAGAGGAACUUCUGCGACAGACCAAGUUCUCCCGCCAGGAGAUCCGAGUCAUGUACCGAGGCUUCAAGCAGGAGUGUCCCGAGGGAGUAGUGCACGAGGACUCGUUCAAGGACAUUUACGCGAAAUUCUUCCCGCACGGCAACUCCAGUCUCUACGCCCACUACGUGUUCAAGGCCUUCGAUGUUAAUUGCAACGGGGCCAUCAGCUUCAGGGACCUCCUCGUGACGCUGUCGACCCUGCUGCGCGGCAGCAUUUAUGAGAAAUUGAGAUGGACCUUCAAGCUUUACGACAUAAAUGGGGACGGCUGCAUCACCAGGGGCGAAUUGGGCGAAGUCGUGACGGCGGUACACGAGCUCAUGGGCAAGCGGCAUCACGCCGAGGAGGAGAGGAAGGCGAGGGAACAGUUGGACAGGGUCUUUAAGAAACUCGAUCUCAACCAGGACGGUGUUAUCACGAUCGAGGAGUUUAUCGAGAGUUGUUUGAAGGACGAUGUGAUCACACGGUCGCUGGCGAUGUUCGACUGCGCGCUUUGAUCUCCGGCUAAGGACGAGCCUCCAGCAGCAGCAGCAGCAGCAGCAGCGGCGGCGGCGGUCACCGCGACGCCGCCGACGCCGCUCUCGACGACAACGUUCUCGCAAUCCCUGUCCCCGUCGCCGCCGCCGCCGUCCUAUUCCCUGCUGCCGCCUAUCCCGCCGCCUCUGCCCUCUCAACCGCCGCCCGGUUACACCGUCCAGGAUCAGGAGCUCUAUCUACUCCUGGCCGCCCACUGGUGGAACCAACCGGAGGCGCCGCUCUUUUGUUGAAGGGCAACGCGAUAACACGGCUCCUAGCGACGUAGAAUAGCAAUCGAGGUCUAAAUCUGUGGAAUCGUAGAGCGGAUUCCCCGGCAUCCUGUUACCACCGUUCGUUCUGCGAAACAUCGCGCGAGCAGCACGGUAUGCAAGAUGUUGCCCAUAUUCUCGCCGACUAACGGAGCUUAUAGCGAAGACUCAGCCGUUUCGAUAACAACACGCGGAACACGCGGAGUCCGUCGCUUUACCAACGAACGAGACAACAUCUUGCGGCGAUCGAUCCCGCGACGAUGAUCGCCGAAUAUUUUGGCAACAUCGCGGAACCAACACUUGUCCGUCGAUCUCUUGGCAAGAAUCGAGCGGAGUUGCGAGAACCUUUUGAUCUAAGGUCGAACCGUGUAUUAAUAUACGAAGUAGGUACCUGGAACUUCUCCGUUACAACCUUGGAUGCACUUGAAUGCGAAGAAGGGCGCUCUUGAAAAUAAAGAGACGUUCUUGCGAUUGAAGAGCCGGCCGAGGGUUCGGGAAGGAGAUACACGAGCGGCUUCUUCCUUUCUGCGAAUUGUCGCGAUCGAAGAUCCCGCGACCGAAGAACCUGGUAUCGCGAAAACUCGUGCCAAAUUUUGUGGGAUUUUCAGACGACGAAGGAAACGGCGGAGAAGGUGCUAUGCGUGGCUGUGAGUCGGAAAUUGCGGCACGAAAACGAGGAUCCUAAAUUGUUCCGAAAAUAAAAAAGAAAAAAAAAAGAAGAGAUUAUUUAUAGGUCACCCGGAUGUCGCAUCCAGUUUCGGGCGUUCGCGUUAUCCACACGAUUCUGUUUCUACGGUAGGUGCUAAAGACAACGUAUCAACCUAACGAAAUCGAUCGCACGUCUUCGCUAGGAGCACUCUCGCGACUUACGGGAUCGUGCGUGGUUCAUUUGGAAACACACAUUUUCCUCCCGUAUUCGACUGCAUCUCUUGCCCCUAAGUAUGAUAAGAAAGCUUCGCGCUGUCACGUCGUUAAAAGGAAAAAAAAAGAAGAGAGAGAAAAGUAUCCGCCGCGUUGAGAGAUCACAACCUGAAUUUCCCUCGUUGUAGAUUACCGUUCUAUUCGGAAGAAAAAUCACGUUAUAUUUUGCUUUAAAAAAAAGAAAGAGAGAGAAAUGUAUCACAUGGUUGUAUGCACACAGGGUACGUCUCGCCGUUUUACCGCGUUGUCUCACGGCGGCGAUCGCUUCUCAGAUAAUUCGGGGACCCUGUAUAACGUAAUACACGCGAAUUGACUUUUUCUAGCGUCUCUAUCUCUCAUCAUUUGAUUCGGGCACUCCGCAUAAUCGUCAUGCUCGUCAAUCUCUCGACAUUCUCCGCGGCUACCGACCGUUUAUUACGAUCGCACGGUCGCGACGAUUGUGUAUCGCGUACGCGGCGAGAAUGAUUUAUACGUGUCGGCGUGGCCAUGCGUCUCGGUCUCCCUCGAUUAAAUUGUUAGCCGCGCACGAUCGUUGACGAUCGUAGAUAUCGUACGACACAUACGUACAUACUUUUCGUUGGUAGGUUCCGUAAUUCGCCCCCUUUUCUAGUCUCAAUCGAUUCUAACGAGUCCCGCGCAGGCAUUCAAUAUUUCUGCCAACAACUUUUUCGAUACGCAAAACACAUGCCCGUGUCCAAGCGAAACAAUAAGUCAUCGCGAUGACAUCGAAAUGACGUCCAAGUGAACAUGAUUGUUAAGGGUCACCUUUCGAUCGAUCACGAUUCAUUUUAACAUCGUUUCCGACGUUAACGUAUAAAUCUGUUCCGCUUGGGCGGGUUAGCUUGCUUACACAGAGUAACUUUUCAUGUCCCCCGAGGAAAAUAAAUUUUAUUUUUGGUUCCCUUAAUUUUUUGGGGGGAGAGGAAGUAAUAAAGCAAAUACGAUAUAAUAAUUGUUUCAAUAAUUUAUGAAUAAUUAUUGUAUACACAAGAAGUAUAUAAAAUGCUGUUUACAUUUAUUAAUACUGCAUAAAUGAAAAUAAUUACUUUAAUUGCUCUUUCUGACUUUAUUUCAGUAAAUUUAUCGAUUAUAUUACAUCAUCGUAAUUAAUAUCUUUAACGAUAUUAUAUUUAAUUAAAAUUAUAGAAAUGAUAAUUGUUUUUAUGGCUAUUCAUUUAAAAUAAUUUCUUAAUUUUAUUUCACUAAAGUUUCUCUUAUACGAAGCAGUAGAAACGGCAAUAGUGAGAAAUGUUCUGAAAGCGAGCAUUGUUAUUCGGAUAUAAUUUAAUUAAACAAAAGUCAUGAAGGGAGAGCCUGUGAAAUACCAUACGGAAUUGCUGUUUGAACGUUUUGUAUUAAUAUCGAGGCUUCAAACUUGAGAGCAUGGCGAUAAAAUUUUUAAUUAAUUUUUUGUAAUUUGUAACAAUCAGUUCCACUUCAGGACUUCUUCUUCGUCCUGGAUUUCAGGGGGUUUGCGCUCCUGUUGCCUCGUUAGUGCUUGCUUAUUAGCAAAAUUUACAAACCCUCCCGAUCUACGAUAAGUUUUCUCUUUUGCUGCUAGCACAGCGGAACAUAUCCGCUGAUACUUAUCGAAAAAGUACUUUUGGUCUUAUCAAUCCGCGUUUCCCCGAUCUCUUCUCUUUUCUUAGUGAUAUAUCUUCCGCUAUAUCUGCCAUUCAAUCGUAUCACCGAGAUUGAAGCACUGACAAGAGAUAUUGAUCGCCUGCGGACUCCUUGUAAGCGUUCAUAGCGUGUAACAUGUAGGUGUAUGUGCGUGAGGCAUCGAUUUUCUAAUGUAUCCGUUAUUGCGAGUCUGUAGGCGUGCGAGCGUGCGGGCAUACGUCAGACUAGCCGAGUAGCGGAAGCCUGAGCGGCGAUUAUGGAUUAUCAAAAUCGAUCACAAUGAAACACCAAAGCUACCGUAGUUAGCUGUUACUUAAGUAUAAACGAGAAUAAUAAUAUAGUACGAUUUAUAUAUAUAUAUACAUAUACGUAAUUAAGGAUAAAUUUGCGAUUAAGUGCGCGGUCGUCGGACGCGACUAGGCGAUCGGAGAAAAUUCAGUUCGUUCUCGGUAAAAAAAAAAUGCACACACUCGUCGAUAUCAGUGUCGGAGAAAAAUUGAACUAGGUUUAACAGAAAUAUUUAAUUCAACAAAGAGCAUGUAUUUAUAAAAAAUAAUUUCAAAAACAUAUUUUUUGUGUAACUUAAAAAAAAAUAAAUGGUAUUUAACAUUUGUAUGGACAUUUAGUUGAAAUAAGAUAUUUAUUUUUACAUUUCAAACUGUCAUGCAUAAGCUUUCUCUACUUUCUAUUACUUAUUUUUUUUUUUUACAAUCUCAGAUUAGACUCCGAAUUGACAAUACACAAUCAAUAUGUUUCUUGUGACAUCUAACAAAGAAGUAUUGUUAAUACAACGAAUAUCGUAGCAGCAAAAAUGUACCAACUACGGGACAAUUAAGUAUGAGAACAAUAACUGGGUCAAAUAAUUUUUUUUAUACGUCAUCACUUACAGUUAUAUUGUUUAUAUCAAUUAUUGAGAAAGACCAAAUUAAAUAGUUCGAAACGUUCGUCAUUUGAAGAUUGUGAUCUAUCAUUAGUUUAUAAUUGAGUAAUAUGAACAAUUGUUACCAAUGAGAUCAAGUUAGGCUUUUGAGCUCCUUAUAAUUAUUGUUAAAUUGAUUAAUUCAAUAAGAGCCUGAAUAAUAAAUUAUUGUUAUUUAAAUUAUUUUUUGUAUUCUCAAGAAUACAAAAUAAAGUAGAAAACAGUAAAUAGAUAAUAGAAAACAGAGAAACGUUUCGCCGCGUUCUAAUACUUAUAAAUAAAUAAUCUGAAAUAAUCCACAUCAUAUUUUUGGCUUGUUUAUUUGGUCUGUUUCUGUUUCGUAUUUUUUUUUAAAUACAGAAAAUUUAUUUAUCCAUGACAUACUCAGAUGUAAAAUAAAUAUUUUAUUUUCAGUAAAUGUAUAUAUAAAUAUUAAAUACUCCAUUUGCUUUUUUUGUUACAUUUACAAAAUAUUAUUUAUUUUAGACAGUAUUUUGUUAUAUGUAUUUUAAAUAAAUAUUUCUAUUUCAACUAUUUUUUUUUCUCCAGCACUACUGAUCGAUGCACUCUAUGCAGACAAACGCGGUUAAUGCGCGAUCACGAUUUACACGUACCCCUUUGAAGUAUCGUCUGUCACCGUUGGUGGUUCGCAUCAAGCCAGAUCUCUAGGCUCGUCGUUGAUCGGUCGUCGCGAUCGCGUAUACUCGUCGCACGUGAAGAGCAGUUGUCAGUCGCAGGACUUUCCUCCCGGGGAGGAAGUAUCGUCACUGAGCGACGGGAACGAGCACUUUCGCCGCGGUGGCUUCCACGAGAAUCGCGCACGUGUUGCUAGGCUACGCUCUGGACGCGUACGUUUCUAUAACGACUAAUCAACGACUUAUAAUAACGGCGGGAUCGCAGCUUCUACAUAUACCGCGGUCGGGCGUGGCGGGACAACUUAAUUUGAAUUAUGCUGAAUCUACAUAAGACCCAGGGUCUCGAGCGCGCGUGGAAGAUACAAUUAAUCAUCAUUGGAAACUAAAAACAUUUAAGUACUCAUUAAGAUUUGGGUAAGAGAUUGCGAACAAAUUGCGCUUCAACAAGUCAAAAUAAACAUGUAAAAAUGUUCGAGCUUUAAAUUCGAACGGUUUGAAGUGCUAUUGAUCGAUUGGAAGAUUCGAUUGUUCAAGUCUUGAUCGAAUCGACCGAAAAUAAUUGCAAAUAAAAAAAAGUAAGCUCUUGUUCGUUGCAUUUUAGAUCUGCAGAGAUCAGGUGUAACGAUGAGAUAUCGAACAGGUACGUUCUUUAUGUUGGAACGGUCUGAACAAUUUAAGGUUCGAUCUUGAAAUUCGUGUUGAUUGACCGAAAAUUUCGAUAUAUGAAAAUUUCAAGCGUUAUUAAAUAUCUCUCUCGGAUUCGAAGGCGUGAAGACAUUCAUAAAAUAUGAUUCAAAUGGCUCCGCGAGGAAUGAUGAAUGGUUUCCUUCUUCCUUCCUUUUCUCCUUGUUUUUCCUCAAUGAUCUCUCCCUAAUUCCCUUUACAAUCCCUUUGUGUUCCUCUCACUGUCCUAUAUAGAGAUGCCGCACCUCGAGUCUAUAAUCGCAUUCAGCGGAAGCUAAGAAGCUAUCGUCAUCGGAUGUCAUCAUCAGGAACCGAACUUAAAACGAGGGUAUACAACGCCGGCCAUUAAUUUGCGAACGCUUACUGAAAGUUAUAAAAGAAAAAAAAAAUAAAGAAAAAAGAAGAAACUGCCGAUUUAUAGGAGCUUCUUUCAACGUCAAACACUCUUCUCAGAGACGCGCGAGCGUUGAGUUUCGUCGGAAGAAAAUUUAUUCGAUGCACAAAAUAGAUUAAGUAGAUUGCUCUCACAUCGGACAUCGUCUACUCCGUAAGCGUUGUCACAUUAAUGGCCCCCUUUAUAAAAAAAAGGAUCGAAGGAUAUAAUUAAAAUAAAGGAAGAACAGUCUAGCGACAUUAACGCGCGCGAUCAACGGUGCAAAACCGCUGCGAUUAUCUCGCCAGGAUAACUAUCGACGGAAGAGUCAUAUUCUUUAGGGUAUACGAAGCGUGUCGUAUCUUUUUAAAUCGGAGUGAUUAAUGCCAUCCCGCGACCUCGAAAUGUUAGACGUCGAUUCGAUCGAGCGGGAUCGCGUUGAUCGCUUCAGCUUGAAGAUAACGAUGCGCAUUUAUUAUAUAUAUCUUCCUAUGGUCUCGUGUCGAUGUAUAUUUAUACAUAUUGUAGCGUUAGCCACGGAGAUAUGUAUAAUCGAGCAUAAUUUUUUUUUGUUUUUUUUUCUUUUUCUGGAGAAAUACCUAAACGUUAAAUCUCUGCCAGCAUGUUGAUUGAUAUUCAAUGUGCGCCGUAAAAUGUUAACAUAAAUCGAAGAACCCGCGGGCACGCGUUUUCAAAUAUCGAGCCGAACUUUUCUAAUGGACUUUUGCUAUAUCUUUCCCAUACUAUUUCGGAAUUGAUUCAAUUGCAGGAAUGAGCAAACAUCGGGACAAAUUGGCACCUCCCUUUGCUUUUUUACGUAUCGCAACGGAAGACUAUCUACUGUACCUAUGCGCAUAAAUUGUACAAACACGGGAUACCGUAUAUUUUUUAUAAAUUUUGUUAUCUCUUGCGAGCACGCGAAUAUUCGCGAAAAACCUUUCUCUACAUGCAGAUUUCGUGCAAUGAUCAGUAAUUUUUGCUGAUUGCAAUCCGAUAUUGAAAAGAAGAAAAGCACAAAAAUUCCUAAGAAAAUAUUCAAAAGCAUAGAAUAAAAAUAAUCACACCAAUUCCUAAAAAAUGUUUAUAAGUAAAUACAGAUACGUGAUUUUGAUUUGAAAUUUGAAUAUAAUCGAUCGCGCGUCACAUUUAAUGUUUAACAGUUGAUAAAACAUGUCUACGAAUUAUAAACCGAAAGAUCUUAACAUCUUGCACAAAGCAAAGUUAAUUGAAAUCUAUUUGCUUCUAACUGAUGUAUACUAUAACAGAGUCUCGAAGUAAAUUGUGAAAUGUUCCUAGAAAGAUAAAGCUUUAUUGUCAAGUGCUGGAUAUACUUAAUGGUGAAUCAUUAAAAGUGAGAAUAAAAAGAAAUCCACAAGUUAUUUAGAGAUUAUUGGUUUUAAUGAAACUUCAUAUUUCGCACGAACUAACAGAAUCGUUGAAUUUGCAAAAUAUCUUUUGACUGUAAUAUAUCUCUCUUAGAAGCUAAAAAUAAGAAUGUGUUACACCCUAUUUUUACAAAUCUGUUAAUAUUUAUAUUUUUAAUAAAUUACUAUUUGUAUUUUUAACACAUUAAUAUUUAAAUAAAUUAAAUAAUUUUUUCAUUAUUUUAAAAAUAGGUGUAAUGCAUCUUUAAAUUCUGUCGAGGCUAAUACGAAGAAUAUAAUAAAUCGAAAUAUAAUACAAUCGAUUACAAAAUACAUUUAAAAGUCAACACUUAAUUCGCAACGUUGAUGAUAUUUUUGGACAGUUCUUUAAAACGUGCGUUAAAGUAAUGUCAUAUCGCUGGCUCGAUUGCGUGCAUUAAAAAAAAAAUACUGAUUUUUAAUUUUGUGGGUACGUUUAGGAGAUCUUUGGCUAUCGAGAAUCAUGGACGAUUGGACAAAGAGUGCGAAACAAAUCGAAUCAAUUACGAUAAUUCCGAAAGACACGAGACAAGAAAAAAUAUGCGAGGAGGGGGUGGGGGUGGGGGGGGCUACAGCUAGAAAUCUAGCUAAGCGGCAACCUAGUCAAUUUAUUAAGAUUUAGAAGACGUUAGAUCUACCGUACGAUAUUGUAAAAAUUGCGUGGCUUUAAACUUAAAUAUUGUCGAAGUAUUAUUAUUACUAGUCAUUAUCUCUUUCCUUCUCUCUCAAUCACUAAGUGAGGGACAGUUUUAGCGUGCGCGGAGAUAGUCCCCAUCCCGUUACGUGCGCUUAACGGCGUUUGUAAACGUGAUAGUCACAUAAAUGCGCGUAAAUUAGUCAACAGGAUCUAUCGGACGGAAACCACAUCGAUAUUCGAGCGAAUAAUUAUUUCGACGUUUGAAUCUAUUUGCACUGAUUGUCGCGCCUGAUAAUAUAAUUACAUAUAACAUAGUUAUGUAAUUUUAUAUAUUUUGUUACAUGUAUUAUGACGCAGUACUAUAAUUGUAAUUAUAUGAGCAAUUAUAUUAUCCAUUUAUAUGAUUUAUCGUGUAAAAAAAAAUCGGUGAACUUAACUUGAGAAAGAGCGAAGAAAAUUAAUAUUAUAAGAACAUUGGACACCGUCCAGAUUUUAAUUUGUCUCCAUCGUUUUCUAGUGUCUGUCGUAAUUUUUGUUGGCAUGCGACAAGGACCGAAUAUCGAAAUAAUUUUACUAGAAAUUGCAUACCGUACAUACUUUUUUAUAAUAUUGGUAUUCUAAAAAUUUUUAAUACCGAUAUGAAAUAAUACUGGUAUAUAACCGAAAUUUUUUUUAUAAUACUGGUAUACAUGUAAUUUUUCGGUAAUACUGGUGUUAUAUCAGUAUAACUCAUACAGAACAUUAUUUUAUAUAAGAACGUUUGCAAAUAUUUUUUAUAGUCAUUUCGAGUAAUGACUUGUAAAUGUGUAUAGUAUAUUAGACUUAAAAAUUAACAAAAGUCACGACAAGAGUUAUAAUUUCAUAUUUAUUUAGCUUUAAAUUUAUGAUAAUAUUGAUAUUAUUUUGUAUAAAAUUGGGGAAAAUAUCAACGAAUUCAAUAUAUGAAUAUUUUUCUUAUGAUUCUAAAAAAAUAUAGUAAAACGGUUUUGCUGAUAUCUUUGUGAUUUCUAUGUAUUUCUGUAUCAUUUCUUUUUUGUAAUUUUUAAAAAAUAUGAAUUAAAACUGUAUUAUAAAUUAAAAUGAUUUCUGACAAUAUCGAUGUUUAAUAAUACUGACAUAAUAUCGAAAAAUUAGAUGUACACUGGUAUUAGGUCAUACCAGUAUUAUUUACGCCAUAUCAAUCGGUUUUUAUUUCGGUUAUUACGUAAAAUCGAAAAAAUACCGCUAUAUUAUCGGUAUUUUUUAUGUUCGUUGUUUUUAAUCCAUGGUACGAGAAAACAAACAGUACAGAGAAUUAUUUUUCACGGAUUAUUCGAGUGUAGAAAUACGUUGAAGCUCGAAUGUCGGAAUGGCUUUCGAAUAAUACACUAAUAUUGCUCGUGAAAAGGAUGUCACAGUUUAUUAAAAUAGUUAAUCGUUGCGUAUAUCACUGGUUAUAUUAGAGACGAUACAAUUGUUGAGCUUGGAAGCACUUUUUUAUAGUGAAAUCACAGUUAGAGUUAUACGAUCGAUUAGCGAGAUCCUUCCUUGGGCUCGGAUCUGUUAUUCUUUAUAGUGAUAAUACAAAAAUACAUUACUACAGUGAUUAUAUGCAGAAUGCAUUAAUUAUAUCUCAUACUGCCAAUCUGUAAAUCAUCAUACGUAGUUUCUAAUUAAUGACAUCGAUAGGUAAAUCUCUAGUUAAUGAUUACGAUAGAUGGGGACAGGUUUCUUUUGGAACACUUUAACGAAUCGUCGAAACCAAUUCGCGCGAGUAUGCGUUUUGUUUCAGUUUUUCAAGCGAAUUUAACUUUUUAAACGGCACGCAUUUGCACAGAUUUUGAAAUUAUCUCUAUUAACAAUUUUCUUUCUUUCGAAACAAGAGACAUUACGAAAAAUAAUUAGAUUGAAUCUUUUUGUGUAUCUUUCUUGAAACUAAUUAAAUAGUUUUUUGUAAAAAGAUAGAUGCGCCCCCUUAUAUCUCGAAAGCCCUCGCAAGUGCUUCGUGAAUAAUUUAUAGUCGGUUUGGUAAAAAACUCAGUAUUGGUAAAACUCACACAAAGACAGAUUAAAAAUUAUUAGAAAUUAUUUAUGGAAAUUACAAUCACACGUUCACGUUCGUAGUAAUUUAUGCGAAACGCCAAGACCGUUUAGAAAUUAUUCUAAUCACCAUUGUGAUAGUAAUAGAUUUUAUAGUAUAACGUAAAAGAAGUCAUUCGAGAGUUACAGUGUUUUAGUUUUAACUUUAGUUUUAGAAACGAGGAGCAAACAUCAAAUUACAUCACACGCACAAGGUCCAGAAUUUAAAUACCGACGUAGCUUAAUAUAUUUAGUGCUUUUAAAUGAUAAAAUGAGUUAUCGUACCAAAACGAAAAGAGCACUUUUAUCAUGAUUUUAUCGUAACGUUAUUCGUUCGUCAUUUCAUAAAGGUAAUUGAAAUCAAUGAUAACUAUUUAAUUUUAUUCAUUUUAAUGGAUUCUAACUGGUGGAAUGUCAUUGCAGAUAAAUUUCAAUUGUCGUUAUGUAUGUAGAUGUAUGUGAAUAAUCGAAAAAGUAUGUCAUUGUUUAUUCUUAUUUAAUCAGCACAAACUUUGCUGCUUGAAACGGUGAAAAUCAUCGUUAUUAGGUUUAUCCAAUUCUUUCAAAGCGUUAUUGGAUUUGUCACAUAGAUCAAUUAACCGUGUGACAUAGAUGCACGACGUGCAAAUCACGACUGCAAGUUAAUUACUUUACUGGUGCAAUUCAAUAGUCUUUUUGAUUGUCCCGGCGCGUAAAAUCGAUUCGUUUUUCAAUCAAAUCGUAACGAGUAGAAGCGAGAAUGGUGUUCCUGUGUUAUCAUUCUAAUUAUAUCUUAAGGCGAUUAGAUUUACAGACAAAAAAGAGAAUGCAAUAAGCGAAAUAUCAUUGUAUUGUUAGCAAUUUUCCACACUGGGGUGGUAAUAUCAAUAAAUGUUAAAUAUAUCAAA